CCCUCAUCAAUAUCUCAUCAUCAGCACAAGAGACUUGACUCACAAUGCAGCAAGCAACAAAAAUCAUCAAACAAACCUGUAGGAACCAAAAUCCCCUCCCACUUACCAUGAAGUGCCCCUGGUCCACGCCACUGGCUGCUCUUGCUCUUACACUUUCACUGCUAUUAUCGGCCUGGUCUGCUGGAGUCAAAUCUGAGGCUCUCCCAUCUAAAGAAGUGAAUUCUUUGCGACUAAGCAAGACUUCAUCUUCUCAGGCUGCGCAUAGGAAGAACCCUUCUUCAAGGCAGAUGGUGAAUUCAUGUUUCAAAAGGAUACCUCCAAGCAAAUCAAAUCCCACGCAGAAUAAGUUUGAUCCUCUCACAGAUGGCGGAUAGGACAGCACAAUGGUCACAGAAAUAUUAAACACACCUGUUCUAUUUCUUUCAUUUCUUUUUCACUUUUCUAUGUUUAAAUUAAACAUAAUAGAUGAGUGUACCUGGUGUUUUGCCUUCGAACUGUCAGCUAUUAUAUACAUGCACUGCAAUCUGCACUGUCUUGAAAGUUCUGGUGGUUAA